AUGAAGUUCACCGCUGUCCUCUCCGCUGCCGCCAUCUUGGCCACCACCGCCUCGGCUGCUUUCACCAACGGAACCACCUCCACCUGGUUCUACGACGUCACCACCACCGAGGUCGUCACCGCCUACACCACCUACUGCCCUGCCUCGACCACCAUCGUCGAGAACGGCAAGACCUACACCGUCACUGAGGCCACCACCCUGACCAUCACUGACUGCCCUUGCACUCGCACCAAGGUCUACAGCACCUCGACCGUGACUGUCUGCCCCUGCACCAAGACCCCCACCCCUGAGGUUGUCUCGUCUGCCACCACCCCUGCUGUCUCCACCUUCACCGGUGCUGCCAACAAGGCCCAGGUUGCCGGCGGUGCCGUUGCCGGUGUUGUCGCCAUGGCCGCUUACCUUUUGUAA